AUGUUGAAUGAAGGAGAAGGGAUGCGAGGUGGAGUGACCGAUGUCGAUGCAAGAGCCCAGACGUCCUCCAUUGAGGUGGCCUUGUUUGUUGCGGUGGAGGAGCGCUGGGUGAUAGGCACAGGCGGCGGAGCCUUUAGGCGCCGACGUUGGGGCCAUGAUGCGAACAGUCGUGCACAGUGGGUGCUGCGCAUGGAGCCUUAG